AUGCCUGGCACUCAAUUUUAUAAUAAUGAAAAGGAACGUGUUCACACCUGUCGUUCAAAUGCAAAUAAUAAACUUGAAAGUGGUGAAGAACAUGUCACGCAAGUCCACCUUCCUACAGCAGAAAAACGAAGAUUCUCGAAAAAACAUGCACCACCCGUAUUUAACGAAGAUGAAAAUUUAAGAUAUCCUCUUUCCGAUAAUGAUGACAUAAUCACGCAUUCACAAUUACUACAUAAUAUACAUAAAUACAUAUGGCAAAAUAAUUUCAGUUCUCCUGUUGAUGAUUUAUUAAGAAAAGGAAGCGCUAGAGUAUUAGAAAUUGGUUGUGGUGAUGGAACUUGGACUAUUGAUUUAGCAAAAGAUUUUACUUGGAGUCUUUUCACCGGUAUUGAUGCUCAUGCAAAAUUUGCCCAAAGAGUAGAACAUACAAAUGUCACUUUCCUAAAAGCUGAUGUUCUAGAUGGUUUACCUUUUGACCCUGAUACUUUUGAUCUAGUUUAUAUGAGAUUUUUAUCUUUUAGUGAAAAACAAUGGUUAGAAAAAGUUGCAAAUGAAAUAAUCAGAGUUUGCAAACCUGGUGGUUGGGUAGAAAUAAAUGAUUCUACUAAUGAUUAUUCUCCGAAAGGCUCCUCUACAACUCAAUUGGAGGCUGCGUACCACGAAUAUCUUAAAUCUAAAAAUAUUGAUUUAAUAAUAAAUCCAAAAUUCGAGGAUUAUUUACGAAGUACGAACAAAAUUACUGUGAUACGAAGAGAAGAAAAGAGGAUUACUUUAGGAAAAGGUGGUGGAAAAGUUGGUCCUCUUUUAGUACAAAAUAUCACUGCAACUUGGGAACAAUCGAAAAAGACAUUAUCUGAACUCAUGGGUGUCUCGGAAAAAGAUAUUGAUAAUCUUAUUCGAACAUUUCAAAAAGAAGUCAACGAUUUAAAAACUUCUACAAGAUACGGCAAUCAAGCAAGAUACUCUCCUUUUAAACAAAUGGUUGAAUAUGUCGUCACACGAUAA